CUCCACCGAAAGAAAACUUUGUUAGCUGGCCAACCGCUGAAAAUCCUUUUCCCCCUUUUCGUCAAAGCAGCUUUUGUGCCAAAGCAAACUGAAUGAAUCGGGGCUCUCCAAUCGACCGAUAGCCAUCAACAACGUGAUCGGGUGAGUGUUCUCUCUGUAGGCUACUUGGGGCAAAAGAGCUCAGUCACCACCAGCGCUGCUGGUAGAAGGGCCGAUCAACCCCCGGGACCCCCAACACUCUCCCACAGGGGCCACGGUAACACCAGGAGCGUACUUUUUCAUCACUAGUUACCGGCCUUGCUCACUGUGGACGCUCUUUCAAGAGGCUCACCCAUAAUAAAACUAUCGUCAAAUAUUGGAUGGAGUGUCACAGCAGAUGAAGGUUGCAAAUCAGAAACAUGCCUAUCUUCAUUCACGUGGGACCAAAAUCAAACGUUCCGGAAGUCUACCGAUAUUUCACAAGGUCCAAUAUUGGAUAUCUGGUUAUGGAGUUCAUUGAUGGCAUUUCAUUCGAAAAUAUCAUGCCCCAGGAAAAUCCUGAAGUCAUUCAAAAUUUGGCUGAAGCAAUUAUACGGUUUCGCUACGAAAGUUCCACCAGACUUCCCAGGGCCUCGGACUCGCGGGAUACCUCGAGGGUACCUGUUUUCUGAGGACGGGGCUGGAAAAUCACUCAGCUCAAUGAAAAGUCUUAAUUCAUGGCUGGGUGAACGUGCCCGACUUACUGCUUCGGAAACCGCAUUUGAUUUUCAACUUUCCGACUUUGUGUUCUGCCAUAUGGAUCUUAGUCGACGGAAUAUCAUUCUUCAAGAUGGGUGUAUUUAUCUUUUGGACUGGGAAUAUGCGGGCUUUUAUUCUCGAGAGUUUGAAAAAUACUCCAUCCUAUUUAUAGGACAGAAGGAAGACCCCAAUUUCGCAUACAAUCUCACAAAUGCGCUUGACUCUAUAUAUCAAAAAGAGGGUAUGAAAACUAAAGAUGGACAUAUAAUUGGACUUUUGGAUCGAGUUUAUCAGAACAAUUUGAAAUAUAUUUUUUCCAAUCCACCGGAGAUAGACUGGGAAUCAGUGAAGCAGUUUGAUUUGCUUAUUUGAUGUACCAUGUGUCGAGUAAAUUUUACAUCAGCAAUCAAAUAGCUCUAGUAAAAUUCACCAAUUUCCAUUGGAUCUGGGAGCUGCACAAUGUGUCCUUGGGCGUUUCUAUGGUAUCGAUUUUGCAUGCGUUGCAUGAACCCGUUCCUCUCAUUAUCGGAGAGCGGAAUAUAUCCUUGACUCGUCAUAUCCAAGAAGACCGUUCCCCUAUAAGAUACGUUAGAUGAAUCAAGUUUCAAGAAAAAGGUUCUGCUUAGCCGACAUACAUACACUCAAUAACGACAGCCAUUUCCAGAACCUGUCAUUUGAUACCUGGUGCAUCCCUUCACCUGAAUCAAUUGGAGGCAGUGCCCUACUUUGGGAUUGGCGCAAGUAUGAUAAUCAAAGUAUGUAAGCCUUGAGUCUGAUAGGGCAUAGGGGUGCAAUGUCGCGCUGAAAGUCCCAUUUUCAUCGCCACCAUUUGCAAGAGACAUGUUCAAGCGAACAUAUGAUGUUUCACCCUGGAGAAUCAGUCAUAUCGUUAAAGUUCAUUUUUGGCGGUCCAAGAGACUGUGGUGCAAAAGACCAAAGCGGGGGAGGAUGAAGAAAGCAUGCGCUUUGACAAACUUUCCGCCUGACAAACCUUCAGAUCCCUGUUUGACGCUUACAUGAAUUAUACAACAACCCUCUGUUCAUGGUAUUGUUCAGUACCAAUAAAUUAAACUCUAGGAACAUGCGCGGUAAUCUAUGGUUUAGGAAGUGUCUUGGCAGCGAGAUGUGGUUAAAAUGGAACCCGAAUUUGGUAGCUUCUAUGGCUCAUUUUGUUGAACGGUGUAAAGUUUGCUUGAUUGAAAAUUGCUAGACGUGAACGACAUGGACGGCGUCGCGCCUCUCGUCUGCUGGGAUGGCUUCAGGCCACAUAUACAGGAGCUGAUAUAUAGUUCUACAGCUAUAGCUAUACUGACACACACUAUGACCUUUGAGGCUGUUCCAAUCAGAGUCGAGAAGGUGUCGCAUGUUUUCCAUGCAAUUACCCUCGAGGGGAGCUUCCGCGCGAGUAGUCUCGCUCGUACUGCAUCGUUUUUGUCUAUGCUGCCAGGGAUUUGAGUUCCUGCGCCAAAAAGCAAGACUGCGCUCUUCAGGUUUGGACACGUAGCGAUUUUACGUUCGCGAGUUUUUUUUUUUUUGGUUGCCGGAAUGAUACCCUUUGUAUCACGCAUCUGUUCCAAAGACGUACCCAAAUGGUAGUAGGCUGCUGAGAUUGGGAGGGGGAUCUCGGGUAACCGAGCAUGAACAAGAGCUCAUGUCUGGAGGGCCUAGGGUUUGUGGUUCCUGGUGUCAAGUUGUUGAUAUUCGUUUGCAUCGAGUGUUUCAAAACCAGCAGCUAGCAUAAACUAGCCAUCAUCCCUCAGGAGACCUAGCACAUUCCCGAUGUUGGUUCUCAAGGAUGCGACAAGAGCUCGUCCUGAUUUCUCAAAGGGAUUGCAAGCCUGGUCCAUGAUGCUCUGAAAUGGGUCAGGUGAAUCCACGUAGCCAAGUAAGCUCUUUGACAACGUCCUCUGCGGUGAGAGGCACAGCUCUGCCGGGAGGCCCAUGACCCGUUCGACGCUGCUGAUACUGUGCUGGGCCACUUGAACCACGAUUUUGAUAUACAAGUCGCCCUUGAUGGGCGGUAGGCCGCUAAUAUGAGUGAACCCCGGCAAAUUCUCAAAGAAGCCGAGGAUAUCAUGCAGGCCCAUCAAGAACCGGUAGACGUGAAAGAAGAUGGAGUCGUAUAUCUGUAGCAGUUGUAUGUGGCCAGACAAGCACAUGAGCACGACCGGUGUGUUCAAAGGCGACGAUCCGUGAUCCUGGAUUGGCGAGAUGAUUUGCUUGACAAUGGCCGCCAAUUUGGAGGUACUCUCCAGGGCCCGGAGGAUGGGGUUCACCUGCAGAUCCACGACCUUGUCAACACAUGAAUGGAUGAGAUUUGGAGGGGGAAUGCUUAGAACGAAAGUGUCCAUGUGCGAAAGCUGAUGGGCGAUGUCUUCGUUGAGGCGAGCAAGCCGGGCGAGGGCGCUGCUCGAGCCGAGACACGGCUCCGACAGUCUACUUGCGAUGUUAAGGGCGUUGCCGGGUAGAGAUUGAAGCUGAAUAGUAGGGUCAACGCAGAAAUCUAGACUGUUGUUACCAGGCAGAGCGGGAAGUGAUUUUGGCGCCGGCUGCUCUCUACCAUGCAACCCAUGGAGGUCUGCUCCAAGGGUGAAGGCGCCUGGGUUGGGACCAUCGGCAAGGUUUGAGAGCGGGGCAGUGUCGUUAGGGAAUCCAAGAACCAGGGCAUCCACGACUGCGCCCGGAGUCUGGCUGCCGGAUACUCCCUCGUCGAAGAACAUGCUAUAUAGUUCGGAGUCCACAGUGAGGGGGUCGUGGAAGCUAUCGAAGCUGCUGUUACCUGGAGUCGAUUUUGACGCAAGUUCCUGGAAGGAUUCGGUAGGGGUUUUGGGCUCUGUUUCCGCAACGGAUGCGGGGGACACUUCGGGCACAGAUUUGGGUGCUGUGGCAGCUACAAAUACUGAAUGCCGUGGUCGUCGGGGUCCCCGUAGCUGAUGCGUGUUGUUGGGCCUGGUGGGAGGGCGUCCGAGUGGUCUUGGAGCGCCCGUUACGCAGGAUACGUCAGCUCGGACACAGCGGACGCAAGGUCCAUUGUCCAGGCUUUGCGAUCGCAAGCAUCGCAGCUUGUGUUCUCGACAUCGGUCGCAUGCCGACCGCUUAGCAGCCGGCCGCCGCUGGUGUUGCUGCAUGGUGGUGAUGGUGGUCAGUCAGGUUGGUACACACGCAAAGGGCGAUGGUUGUUUGGGUAACUAAAUGAACCGGAGUAUCUUUAAUCCGUCCCGCAUCAAUAUAAACUACCUACGAGGGCUCAUCAAGUUUACAUAAACAUCUCCUACUAACUAUUAUUUUACCUAUGUGUUGCAUGAUGAGUGUGAAUUGAUCUGCCUCCAUGUUAGGGGCACAAUAUGGGCUAGAUGGCACUGCCUUGAAUGCUGCUGCUUCUAACCUCCGAUCGGCGCAUUCACGCAUUCGGAGCCUUGAGAGUUGACCAUCUCUACUUACAGAGAGGUUUAUAUUAUCCCAUUUUAUCUAAUACUAAAUAUCCUCAAUCUCCCGACCUGGUUUUCUAUAUGGUCCAUUGCCGGUUUUAUUUCGGGGUAAAUGCCUCUUGCGCCGUUCUGAUGUCGAGAAUGUAUCUUACUUGGUCUCCAGCACAGUAGUCUUGACGGCAUGAUAUGAUUUAUACCUCCCAGAUAUUUGUCGGCAACUAAGGCAACAUUUCUUUCUCUGAAUUCCCCUAAACUCUGCUUCAAAUGUCGAAAAGCUACUCUGAGCUGCAUAUCGCAUGAUCAUAGGUAUUGAGAUCCAUGAAGGAUAGCAAAAGUGGACAUCUCUCUUUCAAUCUCUCUCUCAGCAGGAGCCAAGCUGAGGAAAGACUCACUUUAAAGUGGCAGGGAAACCAAUGCUGAUUGAGAAGUUACCUGUUUCCAGUCUUGCAUACGCAAGAGCUCAAUAUUACAUGAAGCUCCAGAUAUAACGCCAAUGCCUUCUGCCAGCUGCCCGCAGUACACAAUCGUCCUUGUCACUCAGCGCUGCAGGUGAACGGAAAAUAUGCGAGGUUGAAUUCGCAACAGGAGGAAUGAGCGCUUCUGGCGCCCGCUACCCCGUUAGCUGAGAGAUCCAUUGUCUUUCACUUAUGGGAGAUAGGCAUACUAGGUACAGACGACAAUAGGCUGGUAGUGCUGGGAUUCCCGAGCUGGUAGCUUGAAAUAGAGAAUACUUGAAUAAUUACAAAGCUCUUGUAUCACAAAAAAAGAAAAAGAAAAAGAAAAAAGAAAAGAAAGAGAAAAGAAAAGGAAAAGAAAAGCUGUCUUCGCACCGUUUCCCAAAUGGAAUUGUGCAUCUGGCUAUGAUGGCUGCGUUAAUAUUCAGCAUGGGAUCCCGGAUGAGAACCUUACCCCAAAACAUCCUGCUCGUGACAAGUUCGCACGCCUUCAUGAGGUCCUCUAUUGCGAACCUACUAGAGUCCAGAACAGCCUUUAACCUUCCCUGUUCGACUAUCUCAACAAGAGUCAAAACUUCAUACAUGUUGGGAGUAUUGGUGAAGAGGAUAUUGGAGCGAUGAUUGCCACUGAUCCAGGUCAGACACGAGCUGUUCAAGAACCAUCGAACCAUUUGUCUCAGGACACCGUCUCCUACAUGAAAAGCGCCGAUGUUGACCAAAGGGGCCACCUGGACAGAGAUAUCUUGAAGGUUUGCGUAGAGGGCCUGCAAUCCAUAGGCCGAGGCCAGAGAGCGUGGCAGCAAGGCGUGUUUCUUGUAAUCUACAAACUGUGGACAGCAACAUGCACUAUCAUCAGGGCCCCAGAAGCAUAAUGGAGAAUAACGCAGGGUGAAGCAUACUUUGUCAAUUCCGCAUCCUCGAAACAAAGCUUCAUUUGGAAUCACUCGCAACUCCCAAAAGGAAGGCAACCUAGGGCACGGCACAGCUGCACGGCGAUGUGUUCGACAAUCCCACUGGCCCUAUUGACGAGCACCGGCCGGCACGAACGGACCUUGGUAGUUUGAACCACAGUCGAGGCUGUUAACCCGUUGGAGAUAAGUCCAGCGUGCUGACCCAGGCUGAGAACCAGGUGCUCACCAGCGCCGUGCUCCUCGACACCGGGUCCCGAGAGUGACACAACAUAGGCCUCCGGUAGAGAGAGUAGAGCUCAUUCUGUUGAAUUGACUAAUUCAAUCACAGUCACUCAUUCUCUAUUUUCAGACUAGAUAAGAGAUGACUUUUCUGCUCUUUUAGACCUAGUUAUCACUAAGACUGAUGAGAUAACUUUCAUAAGAAACUUCGCAUGUGCUCUUUCAGAACCCCGGUGCCGCAGAACACAAUGCUCAUCGGCCCCGUCAUGGCCAGCACCCGAGUGCCGGGCUACCGGGCUGCCGUAGCCCUUCGGAAGCCUCGUCCCCCGCGACAGCGACAGGACAACGCGAGAGACGCAGAGCUCGGGGACUAGGGGCGGUGCAAAGGGCAGAGGAAGAAAGACGCCCAUGAAGUGGACGAUCAAGAAUCCGAGCACGACGUAGGAGACGAGGGCGAUGAUGUUGCUGGAGUUCGGGCCGGCGUGGGAAACGAACCGACAAGCUUGAGGGACGACUUGUAGUGGCCGCGAUGCUGGUAGGCCUAGGCUCGCAUUGUGGACGGCAUUGGUGCCGCGGGAUCGGAGCGUACCAUGUCUAGCUGUCUAUCUAGGAUAGAUAGCUGUUUGGAGAGACCUCCGAAGGCGAGUGAGCUGGUGUCUCAAAAGGCACGGAGCCGGACCUGUGCCAACGUCAGCUUCUUUGAUUGAUCAUACAUGCCAAUGCCACACCAUCUUAACCUAAGCGCGUCCAGCAUCUUAACGUGAGGCGCAUAGGCUCGAGGCUGUCUGCAAUUUAGUGAUUGACCGUAUCGACCCUUGUAGCGGGAUAAGAGGCCACGGGUGAGGUUGCAUGAACGGCGCUACGUUAAACCCUCCGAAUUUCCUAAUUAGGCAAUUUUAUUUUUACCCUCCGAAUAUAACCCCUUUGAUCAGAGACCCGCCCGAUGAGAACACACCGAAUGCACGGAUGGAUCUCCCUCCACAGAUCCGGACCGGGUAUUUCCUCUCUCUUCUUUUGUUCCGAGAAAUCUGCUCUUGUUCCUCAAGCGAUCGCGCCCCCGAAACCAAUAUUAAGAGGGACGCCAGCAAGCAGGCAAAUAUCCCGAACCCAUAGACAUAUAUGGCAUGGCAUGAUCCGAACACAGACCCCACGGCAAGAACAUGCUAUUCAAACCAAAGCACUCGCGAGUUACCUAAAACCAUGCAAGAGUCUUUGACCAGAGGCGCGGAAGACGACGAUGCACCCAGCAGCAACACCAUGAAUUUGUCGUCAGAGGCUACGACUCCAGAGAUUUUAGAAGCUCCAGAGACCCUAGACACUAUGCAUGUGCCUCCGGUCAAAAGAGACUGGAGAUUUUGGGCUCUCUUGGGUUCCAUCAGCCUCGCGGGUCUACUCACGGCUCUGGAGGGAACCAUUACGUCGACAGCGCUUCCCUCGAUUAUCGCCGAUCUAGGCGGCGGCCACCUCUACAUCUGGGUCGUGAAUGGAUAUAUGUUUGCCAUGACGGCGAUGCAGCCUCUGUACGGGCAGCUGGCAAACGUCUUCGGUCGCCGCUGGCCCAUGCUCAUCGCAACCGCCAUGUUCGUGCUCGGCAGCGGCAUCUGCGGUGGCGCAAACAACAUAGGAACGAUCAUUGUCGGCCGAAUCAUUCAGGGCAUCGGAGCCAGCGGCACCACCGUGCUCACCGAGACCAUCAUCUGCGACGUGGUGCCGCUAAGAGAGCGCGGCAAGUUUCUGGCCAUCGUCAUGGGCUUCAUCUUCCUGGGUACCGCGCUGGGCCCUUUCUUCGCCGGACUCAUCGUGCAGUACUCGACUUGGCGCUGGACUUUCUAUCUGGCGCUACCCGUGGGCGGCGCUGCCCUCGUCUCUCUGUUCUUCUUCCUAAAUGUCCAGUACAAGAAGGAGACGAACCUGGCUACGAGAAUAGCGACGAUUGACUGGAUGGGGAACGUCAUCUUCAUAGCGGCCAUCACGUCGGUUCUCCUCGGCUUGUCGUGGGCGGGAGGGCUGUACCCGUGGUCGUCCUACCACGUCCUGGUGCCGCUGCUCGUAGGCAUGGCUGGUCUGGCGGGGUUCCUUGCCUUUGAGGGCUCUCACCUUGCCCCAAAUCCCACCGUCCCGCUGCACCUCUUUUCCAAUCGAACGUCAGUCGGUGUCCUUGUCAUGACAUUCUUCCACGGCAUAAUCACCGUGUGGCAGCUCUACUUCAUGCCUGUCUACUUCCAGGGCGUUCUCGGCUCGUCGCCCAGCCUUUCCGGGCUCCAGAUCCUCGCAACAGUCCUCUCCAUCCUCCCUGCGGCGGGCAUCGGGGGAGGUCUCAUGACCAAGCUAGGCAUCUACAAGCCCAUCCACUACGUCUCCUGGGCCAUCACUCUCAUCGGCCUCGGCCUUUUCACCCUCCUGGACAUGAAUUCGAGCACCGGGCACUGGGUUGGCUUCCAGGUUGUCUACUCCAUGGGAGUCGGCAUGCUGGUUCCCACGCUUCUUCCAGCACUCCUAGCCCCGCUGAGCGAGUCUGACACGGCGCUGGCAACGGCAACAUGGUCGUUUGUCCGCAGCUUCGGCAUGGUGUGGGGGACGGCCAUUCCCGCUGCCAUCUUCAACACCCGCUCCGACGAAUUGGCACCCAAGCUCAUCCAGGAUGCCACGCUCAGAGCCGAGUUCUCUGCGGGCCAGGCGUAUGAGCAUGCUACUGCCGCGUUUCUUGGGACUCUGCCUCCGGCUUCACGUGUCGCAGUUACCCAAGUCUUUUCCCGGAGUCUGCGCCUAACGUGGUUGGUGUCACUCGCCUUUGCUGCUGUCGGGUUCCUCGCCGUGAACCUUGUGAAGGAGGUACCUAUGCGGAGUGAGUUAGAGACCAAUUAUGGAAUCGAAGAAAAGCCGAAAACGAAGGCCCCUAAAGCCUAAGAAUCUGGAUCUUGCAAGAAGUAGCGGCUUUUCUCUGAUAACAGUCGCUGUAACAGUCAAGUUCCCGAUUUGGGGGAUGAACGGUGCAAAGCUAGGCGGUCAGAUGAAUUUCAUCCCGCUGCAGAAUAAAAGGAUCCUAUAUACCGUAUUUUGUCUGGACUACUUUUCCCUAUCUGUCGAAGGAAGGGAGCAAUAUUUGGACGAAGGGCUCAUGAGUCAGUGUAUGCCUUCGGGAAUUGGAAGCUGUUUCUCUUGUAUAAAAGUGUAAAUUAUAUGUUCCGUAUUUGGCGGCUGUUUUAAAAGAGUACCGGAUAGAGGUUUCAUCUUUUUCUCUCAAGGGGAAGUGUUGGGUUUCAAGGGAUAACACAUCUCCCCCUUAAUACGUUCAUUGUUGUAUCUUCAUACCGCUAACUCAUCUCAGAUCCAUCCAUCUAUCUUGCUGUCUUUAGAGUUAGUUGCGAUUCAGAAUACGAUUUUGAAUCUGUUCCUUCCUCAAAACUACGUAUUUUCCAGCUGCUAGUCAAUGGUUCCUAUUUUUUUUGAUAUUUAACAACCCGCAUCGCAUGGGGGCAUUGUAGCCUGGGUUAGGUAGACUACAAGUGAUCUGUUGAUGUAAAAUAUCUUUCAGUUAAAACCUCUCCACAUCUCUGCCGGGAAGUACAUACCUACAUCGGCCCGAUUACUCUUACAACCAUGGAUCAUGGAUCGGAACAAAUUUGCUCAUAACCCUCCAUUUCUCUUCCACUAAAAUCCAAUAUUGAUACCGUACGAGGUCAAGAGCAACAAAACUGUUUUCAUGAAAAAUGUCGCCUGUUGAUGAUGACAGCAAUUCUAGUU